AGUAAGUACAGCGAUCAGGACGUGUUCAAGGAGAGAAGCUCAGCUGGGGGUAAAUUGGCAUUUUCAUGAGCAAAGUUGCUAAUCUCCUUGCAGUGAGACACCCUGGGAAGCCCGAGAGAAACCCCACACCAGAAAUGGGAGGGUGGUGUGAUUAGUUAGCACGGCCCAGACAGUGCUUCCCUGGGUGUGCUCUUUCUCUUCAAAAUAAAUUAACUGCGAUUUACAUAGUGUCAUUCACUGAAGACCCCAGAGUGUUUCUGAAUGACUGAAUCUCAAGGUCAUGAAACAAAUCCUGACGAAUCCCCAUGGUCCUGCUGUCAGUUCCACUAUAUCACUGCCAGGCUUGCAUCCAUUCCUUUUUUUGUUUUUUUUUAAGGUGCUGUCCAAAUACAGGAGUGGCAAACUCCCCAAGGCAUUUAAAAUCAUUCCUGCCUUAUCCAACUGGGAGCAGAUCCUGUACAUCACAGAGCCAGAGACAUGGACAGCAGCUGCCAUGUACCAAGCAACCAGGAUAUUUUCAUCCAACCUGAAAGAAAGGAUGGCCCAGAGGUUCUACAACCUGGUACUGCUGCCUCGGGUCAGGGAUGACAUCGCCGAGUACAAGCGUCUCAACUUUCACCUCUACAUGGCUUUGAAGAAGGCUUUGUUCAAGCCAGGAGCCUGGUUCAAAGGGAUCCUCAUCCCCCUGUGCGAGUCGGGGACCUGCACGCUGCGGGAAGCCAUCAUCAUCGGCAGCAUCCUCACCAAGUGCUCUAUCCCUGUCCUUCACUCCAGCGCAGCCAUGCUGAAGAUCGCUGAGAUGCAGUACAGCGGUGCCAACAGCAUCUUCCUCCGCUUGCUCAUUGACAAGAAGUAUGCACUGCCCUUCCGCGUGGUGGAUGCGCUUGUCUUCCACUUCCUGGCCUUCCGCACAGACCAGCGGGUCCUCCCUGUCCUGUGGCACCAGAGCUUCCUGGCCUUCGCCCAGCGCUACAAGGAGGACCUGUCCUCGGAGCAGAAAGAGGCCUUGCUCGAGCUGCUCAAAUUCCACUGCCACCCACAGAUCUCGCCAGAGAUCCGGAGGGAGCUGGUGAACUCCAAGACACGGGAUGUGGAAGGGCAGCAGCCUGUGGCCAUGGAGUGAGCAGGAAGAGGUGGGGAGGCAGGGAUCUGCUCUGAGAGCUUGCCAACUGCCUGAGGACGCUGGUGGAUGCAGCUUGGAGCUCGGCUCGGAACGAAGCCAUUGGGAGGUGCAUGUGAGCUUCUGUCCCUGGGAUCCUGCUGCUCCAAGCCGGGUGCUAGGAGCAGGCUGUGUCCAGUGACCCAGACUGUGCUCUUUGCGCUGCUUGUUGUGGGACAAGGCAGUCCCCUGUCCCACCCUGCGAGUCCAGUGCCCAGCAGUACCCAGGUGAGAGGAGGGUUUGGCCUGUUCCCAUUUUGGAGAAUAAAGCCCAAGCUGUGUCUAUC